CUAGGGGGUUAUUUUGCAAACUCAAAUUCUCCGGAGGCGUCGCGUUCAUCGGGUGGCCGCGGGCGAUCCAACACUGGCCGUCUAGUGGGGCAGCGGCGAGCUGAGUCGACACCCAAUGCCGCGCGACAACAGCGUGGCCGACCUGCCCGGUGUGAUUACCAGCACCACGCACGACGUGCCGCAGCUGGUGGUGUCGGCGCCCUCCCAGCCGCGCAUCGCCAUAGAGCCGACUGACUGGACCGCCCUGCACCCCACACAUCGUAGCCCCUCCUCCGGCCCUCUGCCGCCGCUGCUUCCGCCGCUCACUGCUGGUGUCAAGCAGACGGCAGACAACCAGAGUCCGCAGUCGGACCACCUGCCUGUGCCCGAGUCGGGCCGCACCUCCCGCCUCUCGACGGCUACAGUGGCGGCGCCCGUGCAGUGCGUCUGCGUGUUCGUGGCGCGCACGGCGGGGCGCCACUGCCGCGAGGGUCGGCGCCGCGCCGGCUGCGACUUCGCCGCCGAGAAGACGGUCGGCUACUGCGGCUUCCCGGCGGUGCUGCUCGCCUGGGGCGCCUUCUGGGCGCUGCUCAUCCUCGGCGUGGGCGGCGUGCUGCAGACCCGGACCUGA